GUGGAGGUGAUCGCAGACGGUGCUCUGGUGAUGGCGCAGACUCGGGUCACUCAGUUCUUCGGGCAGCGGAAGAGGGCGGCCAAUGGGCCCCUGGAGGGGAAGGGGAACAAGGGGCCCCGAACGGUGACACGGAAGCUGGAGGAGCUGCUGAGGACCCCAGAGAAACCCACCGAGACCCGGAUCUCCUCCACCUCCUCACCCCGGGGACCCAGCGGAAGGAAGAGGAGCCGCCCGGACACCCCACGGACAGGAGAGAGGACUGCUAGGAAGAGGCUCCGCCUACCAGGGGGCGACCGAGAGACUGUCAACUCAUGUGCCAAACCGGAGGAGCAGUGUGUGACCCCACCGUCACUGGGGAAGAAGAUGAAGGAAUUGGUGAAUGUCUCCCUCUCCCCCGUCAAUGUCCUGAGGAAGAACUCCGCUCUGGGCGACGUGGCGAUGCCAUCAAAGGGGAACCUGGUAGAGCUCCAAUCCCGACUGCAGAGAAUUCAGGAGAUUUCCCAGAAACUAAAACUUCCCGCUGCACCUGCAGAGAGCAAAGUCACAAUCACCGAGCUGAAGGGGAGACUCGGGCAAGCCCAGGAACUGGAAUCCAAGAUCAGAGAGAAGAGAGCCACCGCCAAACCCACUGCACCCGCCCAGGAGGCGACAGAGCUGAGCGUGAAGGCGCCGGCCUAUCAGCGCUUCCACACUCUCGCCCAGGAUGUCCCGCCUGGACUGUCGCUGCCGUUCCGGUAUAAAGUUCUGUCGGAGAUGUUCCGUAGUAUGGACACCAUUGUGGGCAUGCUCUUCAACCGCUCCGAGACCGUCACCUUCUCCAAGGUCAAGCAAGGGGUCCAAGAUAUGAUGCGGAAGCAAUUCGAGGAGCGCAAUGUGGGGCAGAUAAAGACUGUCUAUCCAACAGCCUACAGGUUCAGGCAGGAGAAGAACAUCCCAACCUUCAAGGAUGGCAUGAAGAAGACAGACUACCAGCUUACUGUGGAUCCCACCAUUCCUGAGGAUGACCAGUUGGAUGGACGUCCUCAGCUGACAGCAAGCCGCCUAUUGGAGCGCAGGCGGAUCUUUCAUAGGAGCCUAACCACCCUUGUGAAGCAGCACCACAAAGCUUUCUGGCAACCUUGAAUCCUCCAUUGGUGGUUCCUGAUGACCAGCUGACUCGUUGGCACCCCCGAUUUAAUGUUGAUGAGGUUCCCGACGUGGUCCCGGCAGAACUGCCACAGCCCCCACAAGUGGAGAGGCUGACUACAGCUCAGGAAGUGUUGACUAAAGCGAGGGGCAUGAUGACGCCUAAGAUGGAGAAGGCUCUAGCUAACCUGGCCCUGAAGAGUGUGGAGAGCGCCCCCUCUGAGCAGAAACGGCCCCCCCGCAGAGGAGCCGCCACCGGUCACUUCAAGUGCUCUGAAAGGCGUUUCCCAGUCUCUCUUGGAGCGGAUUCGGGCUAAAGAGGCUCAGAAGCUUCAAGCCAUGAUGACCCGUAAGCCCCAGCAAGAAGAGCGGCUACUCAUGAUGUCCAGGCUGCCAGAAUUGGGACGAAUCCUUCGUAAUGUGUUUGUGGCAGAGAAGAAACCAGCUUUGACUGUGGAAGUUGUGUGCAGCAGAGUCAUUUCCAGUUAUCGAUCUUCCAUGUCUCUAGGGGAGAUGGAGAAGCAUCUGUCACUGAUGGUGGAGCUCCUACCAGACUGGCUCUCCAUUCAUCCAAUCAGGAAGGACACUUACUACAAGCUGAACAAGACAAUGGACUUGAAUGUAAUACUGGAGAGACUUUCUAAGAAGCUGAAGGAAGAGGAGUCUCAGUAA